CCAUGGCCACUAGGAGUCGGUCUGUGGCUCCGGUUGCGAGUUUGACUGUGCAAGUUUCCUCUGUUGAUCCUACUUGUUAUACUCAGGCAGUCAAACACUCUGAAUGGAGGGAGGCAAUGGAUCAGGAGUUCAAUGCCUUGUUGCAGAAUCAGACAUGGUGCUUGGUUCCUCCCACUGCGUCUAUGAAUAUUAUUGGCUGCAAGUGGGUGUUUCGCACGAAAAGGAAGGCUGAUGGAUCUGUUGAGCGCUACAAGGCCAGGCUCGUGGCUAAAGGGUUUAAUCAGGUCCCGGGUCAAGAUUUCUUUGACACUUUCAGCCCGGCUGAUGUUUCGUUAUUUUAUUAUUCUCGUGGAUCGGCUACUGUUUACCUGCUUGUUUAUGUGGAUGAUAUUCUUGUUAUGAGCAAUGAGCAUGGUGCAUUGGAGGCUUUGCUCUCCAAGCUCUCUAGUACUUUCAAGAUUAGAGAUCUUGGUGUGCCUGGGUUUUUCCUUGGGAUUGAAACAGUCAAGUGUGCAGAUGGAGUGUUGCUUUCUCAGCGCAGGUAUAUGACUGACAUACUUAAACGAGCUGGUAUGACAGACUGCAAACCUGUGUCUACACCUACUACGACUUCAAAGACAAUAUCUACCUGUACAGAUCCAUAUGAUGAUCCCACGCAAUACAGGAGCAUUGCAGGUGCACUACAGUACCUAACUAUCACGAGACCAGAUUUAUCCUUUGCAGUUAAUCUGCUUUGUCAGCACAUGCAUGCUCCAACCACUGCACAUUGGGAACAACUGAAACGUGUGUUAAGGUAUGUUAAAGGUACUAUGUCUUUGGGUCUGCGAUUGAGAAAGUCAAGUUCAGGUGAGCUUCAUGCAUUCUCGGAUUCUGACUGGGCUGGUUGUCCUACGGAUAGAAAGUCUACUAGUGGGCAUGCUGUGUUUCUUGGAACCAAUCUAGUGUCCUGGGUAUGCAAGAAACAAAGGACUGUUGCUCGAUCUUCUACUGAAGCAGAGUACAAGGCUCUUGCAGAUGUAUGUGCUGAAGUUCUGUGGAUCCUCUCUUUGCUGCGAGAAAUAGGAAUUUCACCUCUUCCAGUGCCCAAACUUUGGUGUGACAAUCUUGGAGCUACUUAUAUGUGUGCUAAUCCUAUUUUUCAUGCUCGCACAAAACAUGUCGAAAUUGAUUAUCACUUUGUGAGAGACAGAGUGGCUGCAGGAGACAUUCAGGUGCACUUUAUUUCUACUAAGGAUCAGCUAGCUGAUAUUUUCACCAAG